AUGCCGCGCCCCAGAUCAAGUCUUAGCCAUGGCGAUGUGCAAAAAAAUGACAGUGGCGACAACCCUACUCUGGAAGCAAUUCAUAAGAAAUUCAUGAAGAAGAGGUUGAAGAAAAAGAAUAAGAAGGGACAUCAAACGCCCGUCCAGCCAGAAAUGGACGAAUCAACCAACAACCCUGCUGAAACGCCAGAGCCAGCUGACAUAGCUAUGCAGUCUGCUACUGAGAUAGUUGAUGAGAGAGCACAGCCAGAUGCUGCACUUGAUGGCCUAAUAGAAAAUAGGUGUGGAAUAGACUCUGAAGUUGCCCUGCAAGAACCUGAACAUGAUGAGUAUAUGGGAGGGGAUUGCUUCUGCAUCCAAGUAUCUGUAAAGCAUUUGACUCUGGCCUCUCCCAUCUUUAAGAAGACACUUAGUGGAUGUUGGAAAGAAGGCCUUCACUUGCUUAAUGAAGGGUCAGAUCUCAAGGUGUUUCUGAUCUUGAUGGAUAUUUUUCACUGUCAAGCCCAAAACCUACCCCGGGAAAUAUGCCUGGAGUUGCUUGCUAAGAUUGCCGUUUUAGCAGACUGUUACCAAUGCCAGACACUGGUGCGAUUCUUCGCUGAAAUAUGGAUUGGUCAUCUAAGAAGAAAAAUCUUUCCCAUGAUAUAUUCCUGUGAUUCAAUGCUCUGGGUGUGGUUUGAGAAAUCAACAUCCAUUGCUAUCUCCCAAAGUAACAGUUUGAUUACAAGUCUUGACUUGCUAAUUCCAGCGAAAGUCAUUGAUGAAAUGAAUAGGCGCAGGAUUGAUGUAAUCUCCGCCGUCCUCUCAUCGCUCAUGGAACAACGGGACUCUUUCCUGGAUGGGAGUCGAGGUUGCUGUUUUGAAUGUAGUUCCAUCAUGUUGGGAGCUCUUAUGAAACACAUGCACUCAAGCGGAUUGCUCUUUCUAGAACCUGCAGCCCCUUUUCCAGGUUUGAGUUACUGCCAACUUCUAGAGACUGUGUGUGGCUUCAGGUCUCCACAGUGGCAUUCCAAUUCAGGCUACUUGAGAUACUCCUGGCAUAAUUGCGGGGUGGCAUCCUUUUCUUCUCUGAUAGCUGCACCGGGGACUUCCAUUAAAGGAUUGAGUUUGAUUGAUUUUUUGGUUCUUUAG